AUGAUUAUCGAUGACCACCGUGCAAUGAAUUCGUCACAUCAUUGUGAGAAUGGUGGUGAAGUAGAAGAAGUCGGUUCUAAUACUAGUAGUAGUGAUAACGGCAAUACAACUGGAGCCAGUAGUAGCUCAAGUGGCAGCUCAGACUUCGCACCUCUCUCAAAUCCCGAGAUUAGAAACACCAAUGAGCCAUUGCAAGACGAUGCAUCGACACAGAUUGAAAAGCGCAGCUAUAAACUCAGCCACACGGUCCCAGCUGAGACGUGGGAAAAAGCGAUUGCAGCUGUGGAACAGAAGGGUAUGAGUCUACGUGCUGCUGCCAAAAUUUAUGGCGUGCAUUUUGCAGCUCUCCAUCGGCGUGUGAAAAAGCGCGCGCAGGGAGGAAAGUCGAACAAGGGUUAUAGUGGCUACUUUCACCCGAGCGAUGAGGCUGGAAUUGUACGUGUGGUUGUAGCUCAUGCAGAGCUAGGUGUGCUUAUGUCAUUCGACGAACUUAUGAAACUCGUAGAGACUGCUGCACUGCGCAAGCUACCAAAUCUAUCGGUGGAAGAUGCUCGAAAAUUAAUGAUGCGCUUUCAGUCACGCAACGAGCAGUCUAUUCGGCAUAUUAUCGAUGACUGGCCACCACCCAUGCUAACAGCGUCAUCAGGCGCAAGCAACAACUAUUUGGAGCAUCCAGGCUACAACAAUGCUAUCAGAGCGUCUACAAUUAAUGUGCAGCAACUAAUUGCUGCAAAUGCUCUAAAUGAUACGAAUGGCUCGACUCCAUUAUCCAUUCAACCUGGUGCUUCAUGCCAAACUUCUAAUUAUGGUACUAGCCUUCACAUCUUACCAAGCUUAACCAACCGUGAGAGCCCGCUUCAUUCUCGUAACACGAUAGUAACGUCUCCGUCGACGCAUACACUGCAGUUACUGCAGCGUGUUCCUCAGAGCCAGAAUCCAAGCAACCCUCGUCUCCUGAUGUUUGUAUAG